AUGAUCUCUAGUUCGGAUACAAGUUCUUCAAGUUCUCAUGAGAACAUAAGAUAUAAAUUGAAUAGUAUUCAAGAUGCUGAUAUUGAUUAUGAUAUUGAAGGUGGUGAAGAUUAUGAAAUGCAUGAGUAUUCUGAAGAAUCAAGUGAUGAUUUAUCUGAUUUUGAUGAUAUUGAUUUGAAUGAUGAUCUAGAAAGUGAUGAUAAAAUUCAUUCGGAUGAUAAUGUAGGUGAUGAUGAUACUAAAUCCUUUGAUAAUUAUAACUGGAUAAAAGAUGAUAUAACAGUACACGUACCAGACUUUAAAGGUGCAUUUGGUUUAUCGGAUAAAGUACAUUUACCUUCUUCACCAACACCCAUUGACAUUUUUACACUGCUUUUAACACCAGAUAUUAUUGAAUACAUUGUCGAGCAAUCAAACUUAUAUCGAGUACAACAUAAGUUAAAGCAAAAACCUAUGGAUGCAUUAGAAUUGUAUAAAUUACUUGGAUUUCUUUUUUAUGCUUCACUUAUCAAACUUCCAAGCAAAGGUGAUUAUUGGUGCCAGCUGUCUAAACAAGAUAUUAUUGUAGAUAAUAUUUCACGUAAUCGUAUUGAUGAAUUAUUGCGAACAUUACAUUUCAACAACAACACUUUGAAUGCUGAAAAAUGUGAUAAAAUUCAACCAUUACUUGAUAUAUUUAAUGAACGUUCUAAAGCAUUAGUUGAUCAAGAAGAAUAUAUAGCUAUCGACGAACAAAUGGUAGGGUAUAAAGGAAAAACUGCUCCAACAUCUUUAAAGCAGUAUAUGCCUAAUAAACCAUCCAAACAUGGAUUUAAGUUAUGGUCUAAAAGUGGUGUUAGUGGUUAUGUAUAUCAAAUUGAUUUAUAUAGUGGAGGUACUAAAGCUGUUACAAAAUCAACCACUCAGAUUUUCAAUAAUUCAAUAAAACGAACAACUCGAUUAGGUAGUACAACUGUUCAAAAUGAUGAAAAAAUGAAAAAACGUGAUGAAGAUAAAAAAGCAUUAGGUGUUGCUGGUUUGGUCGUACUUGAUCUUACUAGAAAUAUUCCUGAAGGAACAAAAGUUUUUGUUAAUAAUUAUUUUGGAUCACUUGGAUUAAUAAGAAAAAUGACUGAAUUAGGUUAUGGAAUUAUAUGUACAUUAAGAGCGAAUCGAAUUCGUCGUUGUCCAUUACCAUCAGAAAAACAAAUGAACAAAUAUGCUCGUGGUGAUUAUGAUUAUCGAGUAACAGGUGAUAAAAAAUGUAUUAUUGUUGCAUGGAAAGAUUCAAAACGUGUACUUAUUGGAUCAAAUCAUGUUGGAAUAAAUCCUGUUACACAGCUGAUCCGUUGGGAUAAAGAUCAGAAGAAAAAAGUAAAUAUUCCAGCACCUCACAUUAUAAAAGAAUAUAAUAAAAAUAUGGGUGGAGUGGAUACCACAGAUAUGCUCUGUGCGUUACAUCCAAUUCAUUUUAGAUCCAAAAAAUGGUACAUGCGUCUUGUAUGGCGUGUUUUUGAUCUUAUGGUUUUAAAUGCAUGGUUAAUAUCAAAACAUUUACUUGGUCGCAAUGGUAAUUGGCGUAUAGAACGUCUUUUUCAAUUUAAACUUGAUAUAGCACGUGUGUUGUUACAAAAAUCUACUUAUCCAACACAACUUGUAUUAAAUCCCGUGCUACAACCAAUACAAAAUGUUGAUUCAACUGAUGAAUCAGAUAAUGAUAAUCCAAUUUUAUCACAUAAAAGAAAACGACCAAAACGUGAAUCAAAAUUAUCUGUAUCCAAUGCAUUGAGAUAUGAUGGUCAUGAGCAUUGGCCUAUGUUUCAACAAGGAAAAAAUGGUUUACGUUGUAAGAAUGAAGGUUGUAAACAAAGAACUAAAUGGACUUGUACCAAAUGCAAUAUUCAUUUAUGUUUACAUCCUGAACAUAAUUGUUUCAUUUCGUAUCAUACUGAAAAUUGA